AUGGAGAGGAGACAUAUCCAGGAUGAAUCCUCCGCUCAAGCGCUGGAGCACCACUGGGGCUAUGCGGACCGAGUGGUUCCGUGUACCAAUGACGCCGGCACUUGUGAAUAUUUGGAUGCCGUCUAUUGGAUGAUGGACAUGUCCAUGCUCUACACCUUCAUUUUGUGGGCAGUCAUUGGUGGUCUCUUGGCCCUCUGGGUGUUCCUGCGCUUUGCAAAGCCGAGCAGGAAACUGUUCCACCGCGUAUUCCAGGGGAAAGAGGAUCUUGAGGCACCCGCGAGUAGAGAUCUUCAAAGCAGUGUGUACAGGGCAUACAGGACCACCGUGGUCGCGCUUAGGAGAUGGCUCUUGCCCGAGACGCUAAGAAGCAUUUUCGGCAACAUCUCGAGGCUCCAGGUGUUGAUCCUCGCCUGCAUCCUUGUAUAUCUUCUCAUCUUCACGCUCGUUGGCACCGUUUAUAAGACUUGGGUGACUCCAGUCAAGAACAUGCCUGGCGUCUACAAUACUCGUACCGGUUUCGGAGGCUUCUCGGACAGGGUUGGUGCUUUUGCUUAUGCCCUCACCCCGUUCACCGUUCUUCUCGGAUCCCGCGAAAGCGUCCUCUCACUGCUCACCGGCGUUCCGUACCAUCACUUCAACUUCCUCCACCGCUGGACCGGUCGCAUCAUCUUCAUCCAGUCUUUCCUUCAUACACUUGGCUGGACCAUUGUUGAAGGGAAGCUUUACCAGCCCCAGCCAAAGGUCUUUAAGGAAUGGAUUGCUCAGCAAUACAUAAUUUUCGGAAUCGUCGCCAUGGUGUUUAUGACCUUCCUCUACAUCUUCAGCAUCAGGAGAGUUAUCCAGUGGACCGGCUAUGAGUUCUUCAGGAAGACACACUACAUCGUGGCAGUACUGUACUUCGCAGCAUGCUGGGGCCACUGGGUGCAGCUCGCAUGCUGGAUGAUUGCAAGCAUCGGGUUGUUCUUCAUCGACCGAGGCUGCCGUCUCCUGCGCCUUGGCCUCAUCCACACCGGCUACAAGAGUGGGAACAAGGGCUUUGGCUUCCGCGCUGCGCAGUCAACCCUCCAAGUCUUCGAGGAUGGCGACUCUACUGUUGUUCGCAUGGACUUCGAGCACAACCAUGAUCCUUGGAAGCCGGGCCACCACUUCUACCUCUGCUUCCCGGAGCUCACCAUCUGGCAAUCCCAUCCAUUUACGCCAUCCUCCCUUCCAGCGCCACACCCAGCUCUACCCCACCACACCUACAUCAUCCGCGCCGAGAAGGGCGAGACCAAGCGCCUCGCCGAUCUCGCCAAAUCCGCCGACUUCUCCACGCCUCAGAAGACCACACCAGUCAUCCUUACUGGACCCUACGGCACUUCCGUCCUGGACGAAGACAACAACCAAAUCGACAACUUCCUCUGCAUCGCCGGCGGUACCGGUGUCAGCUUCACGCUGCCCAUCGCCACGGCCGCCGCGCAGGCCGGCGCCGCCACCGUUGACCUUGUUUGGAUCGUGCGCAAGACGGACAACGUCGAAUGGAUCCAACCCGAGCUGCUCGACCUCAAGGCCCGCAUCCGCGACGGAACGCUACCUAACCUGCGCAUCAAGAUCUUCGUCACGCGCGACCAGGAGACGGCGGCGGCGAAGCUCAAGGCGGGCGAGAAGGACGUCGACAUAUGCGCGUGCUCCGUCUCGUCGCGCCUGUCGGACGUGCUGGCGCCGCAGCAAGGCUUCGACGUCGUCUGGCUGGAAGAUCACCACCCAGACGUGCGCGAGUGCUUGCGCGAGUUCGCGGAGCGCUCGGCGGCGGCCGGAGGGCGGUGCCAGGUCGCCGCCAGCGGACCCAGGAGUUUAGGUACCGAUCUGCGGAGCGCGAUCGCGGAGAAGAGCGAGGCCGGAAGGGUGUGGCGAGGCGAUGAGAGCCACGAUAUCGACCUUUACUGGGACGAUAGGAUGGGCUGA